AUGCCUAGUUGGUGUCUCAUUGAAAGUGACCCGGCCGUGUUUACGGAGCUAAUCGACCGCUUCGGUACACGCGGCGUUGCGGUGGAAGAAAUGCUGGGGCUCGAGCCCGAGUUUCUGCGCCAGUACACGAACGUGUACGGCCUUAUUCUUCUUUUCAAGUGGAAUCCAGGGAAGUUUCCAGCGUCGGACGGGGUGGUGGUGCCCGACGCCCCCGUGUACUUCGCCCGGCAAACCGUCAAUAACGCCUGCGCCACGCUCGCGCUUGUUAACACACUCCUUAACUACAGUGACCGCAUUCACCUCGGGGAUACUCUUGUCAAUCUCCUGGAGUUUACGCGGGACAUGAACGCCUAUUUGCGCGGGACGCAAGUCACGGAGAGCGAAGUGCUGCGCGCGGCUCACAACUCGUUUGCCCCAACUGAAAUCUUUAUGCUGGAUGGUCAGAUACCCGACGCCAGUGAUGUCUACCACUUUGUCUCGUUUGUAUAUAAAAAUGGGUCCAUUUGGGAGCUGGACGGUUUGCAGGAGGGGCCCAUCCUCGCCGCAGAUGCCACGGAUGCAAACUACAAGGAGAAACUGGUGGAGGUGGUGCAAAAAAGUGUGAUUAACAAGAGUGCCGCAGACACGACGGGCACGGGCCAAGGCAUCUCCUUUUCUCUCAUGGCUGUGGUCGACGACAGGCUGCUACAGUUGGAGAAGGAAAUUGAGGCUGCAAAGGCACGUGAGGAGCCAACUGUGUAUCUCGAGGAACAACUGGGGCAGCUGCGGCUGCAGCGUGAAAAGGGCCGCGUGGAGAAUCAGCGCCGCCGUCACAAUUACGUUCCCAUGAUUGUGGAGCUGCUGAAAGCACUGGCGGAGAAGGGUAAGCUAGAGGGAAUUGUGGAGGAGGUGUUGGCGAAGAAGGCGACAGCGACAUCCUACGAUCGUUCAUAG